AUGCUGAGUAGCACCUCCGAUCUUCGAGCAGCCAGCUUCUUAGAGCUAGCUGCCGUACCUCGAAAUGUAUCUCCCAAUCCUCGAGAUGUUUCUCCCUUAGCGCCGCUCGUCGUCCUCUCGCCAUCGCCUCCCAGAAGAGCAAGCUUUCACCCUCCUCCCACUCUCGUUCCCAAUGCGACUGGUGGUGUUGGGCCAGCCGUGGGCGUGGGAGUCGGUCAUGGCUCUGACGUUACGAACCAUCUGAAAGUACAGCUACUAGUCCGCGCGUACCAGGCUCGUGGCCACCACAAGGCCGAUAUCGACCCUCUUGGUAUUCGCAACGAGCCAAGAGGUUCUUCGAAUACUAAGAUUAAGGAGUUGUCCCUCGACCACUACCAGUUUACCGAAAAGGAUCUCGAUAAGGAGUUUACCCUGGGCCCAGGUAUCCUCCCGCGCUUCAAGCGAGAAGGCCGAGACAAGAUGACCCUCCGCGAGAUCAUUGCCGCUUGCGAGAAUACUACUGCGGGUCCUAUGCGCGUCGAAGUUCCCCAACCCUUCAAGUAUUCCAUUGACGAGAAGCGCCGAAUUCUCGACCGUUUAAUCUGGAGUUCCAGCUUCGAAUCCUUCUUAGCUACGAAAUAUCCCAAUGAUAAGCGAUUCGGUCUGGAGGGUUGCGAGACCCUCGUGCCCGGAAUGAAGGCGCUCAUUGACCGAAGUGUCGACUACGGUGUUAAGGAUAUUGUCAUCGGAAUGCCUCAUCGUGGUCGUCUUAAUGUGCUCAGCAACGUCGUCCGCAAGCCGAACGAGUCCAUCUUCAGCGAAUUCGCAGGUACUGCUGGUGCUGAAGAUGAAGGAUCAGGAGACGUCAAAUACCAUUUGGAGCUAUCCAGCACUACAACAAUGAUGACGACACAUCGAACUGCCAUGGGCGUAUUACUACACGGUGACGCCGCUUUCGCUGCCCAGGGUAUCGUAUAUGAAUGUCUUGGUUUCCACUCCCUCCCGGCCUUCUCAACCGGUGGAACAAUCCACUUGGUCGUCAAUAACCAAAUUGGUUUCACCACUGACCCUCGAUUCGCUCGUUCGACCGCGUAUUGUACGGAUAUUGCCAAGGCUAUCGAUGCGCCCGUCUUCCACGUGAACGCUGACGAUGUUGAGGCCGUGAACUUCGUCUGUCAAUUGGCUGCGGAUUGGCGCGCCGAGUUCCAAUCCGACGUCGUUAUUGAUCUCAUCUGCUACCGCAAGCACGGUCACAAUGAGACGGACCAGCCCUCCUUCACUCAACCCCUGAUGUAUAAGCGCAUCAGUGCCAAGGACCCUCAAAUCAACAUUUACGUAGAGAAGUUACUCCAGGACGGUUCUUUCACGAAAGAGGACGUUGAAGAACACAAGCAAUGGGUAUGGGGUAUGUUAGAGGAAAGCUUCGCUGCGUCUAAAGAUUAUCAGCCAACAUCCAAGGAGUGGACUACAUCUGCCUGGAACGGCUUCAAGUCCCCCAAGGAGUUGGCGACUGAGGUUCUACCACACAUGUCGACCAGUGUCGACCAGAAGACUCUGGAGCACAUUGGUGAGGUCAUUGGCUCUACUCCUGAGGACUUCCAUGUCCAUCGCAACCUAAAGCGUAUCCUACAAAACCGCACUAAGUCGGUACUCGAGGGUCAGAACAUUGACUGGUCGACCGCCGAAGCUCUCGCCUUCGGUUCGCUCGUCACUGAGGGCAAUCACGUUCGUAUUUCCGGCCAAGAUGUAGAGAGAGGUACCUUCUCGCAACGGCAUUCCGUCUUCCACGACCAAGAAACUGAGAACACAUACACACCCCUGCAGCACGUCAGCAAGGACCAAGGCAAAUUCGUUAUCUCUAACUCGUCCUUGAGUGAGUAUGGUGCUUUAGGUUUCGAAUAUGGUUACUCGCUGUCGUCGCCAAAUGCAUUGGUUAUGUGGGAGGCACAAUUCGGUGACUUUGCCAACAACGCGCAAUGUAUCAUUGACCAGUUUAUCGCCUCUGGCGAAGUGAAGUGGAUGCAGCGAACCGGUCUGGUCAUGUCUCUCCCCCACGGUUAUGACGGACAAGGCCCCGAGCAUUCUUCUGGCCGUAUGGAACGAUAUCUGCAACUCUGCAACGAAGACCCUCGCGUAUACCCGUCUCAGGAAAAGCUCGAGCGCCAGCACCAGGAUUGUAACAUGCAGAUUGCGUACAUGACUACGCCUGCUAACCUGUUCCAUAUUCUUCGCCGACAGAUGCACCGACAAUUCCGAAAGCCCCUAAUCAUCUUCUUCUCCAAGUCGCUACUACGACACCCUCUAGCCCGUUCCAACAUCGAGGAAUUUACUGGACCUGAUGCUCAUUUCAAAUGGAUUAUUCCCGACCCGGAGCACGAAGCUGGUAGCAUCAAGUCUCCCGAAGAAAUCGAACGAGUCAUCCUCUGCACUGGUCAGGUGUGGGCGGCGCUUCACAAAUACCGCGCCGACAACAAGAUCGACAAUGUUGCACUCACUCGAAUUGAGCAGCUCAACCCCUUCCCGUGGGAGCAGCUUAAGGAGAACUUAGAUACGUACAAGAAUGCCAAGACCAUUGUCUGGGCUCAGGAAGAGCCCCUCAAUGCUGGUGCAUGGAGCUUUACUCAACCGCGUAUCGAAACACUCCUAAACGAAACUCAAUUCCACGACCGCAAGCAUGUUAUGUACGCCGGCCGAAACCCUUCAGCGUCGGUUGCCACUGGUCUAAAGGCUGCUCACAAGAAGGAAGAAGAGGAGUUACUAGAGAUGGCGUUCACAGUGACGCAGGAUAAGCUAAAGGGCGAGUAG